GGAAGGCGGCACCGCCCUCAGGGCCCCUCCCCAGGCGGACGGUGGCGGCAGCGACUGAGACCCGGCCACUCCGCCGCCCAUGUCCUCCGCGCCGCCGCGCUCGCCCACCCCGCGGGUCGCCAGGAUGAAGAAGGACGAGUCCUUCCUGGGCAAGCUGGGUGGCACGCUGGCCAGGAAGAAGAAGACGCGGGAGGUGAGUGACUUGCAAGAAGAGGGCAGAAGUGCCAUCAACUCGCCGAUGUCCGCUGCAUCUGUGGACGUCCACCCCGAAGACACUCAGCUCGAGGAGAAUGAGGAGCGCACGAUGAUUGACCCCACCUCCAGGGAGGACCCCAAAUUCAAGGAGCUGGUCAAGGUGCUCCUGGACUGGAUCAACGACGUCCUGGUGGAAGAGCGGAUCAUUGUGAAGCAGCUGGAGGAGGACCUGUACGACGGGCAGGUGCUGCAGAAGCUCCUGGAAAAACUGGCAGACCGCAAGCUGGAUGUGGCCGAGGUGACCCAGUCUGAGAUAGGGCAGAGGCAGAAGCUGCAGACGGUUCUGGAAACUGUGCACGACCUGCUGCGGCCGCAUGGCUGGGCGCUGCGGUGGAACGUGGACUCCAUCCACAGCAAGAACCUGGUGGCCAUCAUCCACCUGCUGGUCUCGUUGGCCAUGCACUUCCAUGCCCCGAUCCGCCUCCCGGAGCACGUGUCCGUGCAGGUGGUGGUCGUCCGGAAGCGGGAAGGCCUAUUGCACUCCAGCCAUGUCUCUGAGGAGCUGACCACGACUACAGAAAUGAUGAUGGGCCGCUUUGAGCGGGAUGCCUUUGACACACUCUUUGACCACGCCCCGGACAAGCUGACCGUGGUGAAGAAGUCUCUCAUCACGUUUGUGAACAAGCACCUAAACAAGCUGAACUUGGAGGUGACAGAGCUGGAGACCCAGUUUGCAGAUGGUGUCUACCUCGUCCUGCUCAUGGGCCUUCUGGAGGACUAUUUUGUGCCCCUCCACAACUUCUACCUGACUCCGGAGAGCUUCGAUCAGAAGGUCCACAACGUGGCCUUCGCCUUCGAGCUGAUGCUGGAUGCGGGGCUCAAGAAGCCCAAGGCCCGCCCUGAAGAUGUGGUGAACCUGGACCUCAAAUCCACACUGCGGGUGCUCUACAACCUGUUCACCAAGUACAAGGAUGUGGAGUGACAUGCGGAUGCGGCGGAUGAAGACGGCGGGGACAGUGACCGGGCAAGAGAAUCGGGGUCCAUCCAUGUGGACCUGGGCCUUGCAGGGUGGCAACCCGGGCUUCUGCCCCUGCCUGGUGGUUGUUCUUAACCUCUUCUCCUUGAGACUUCCGGGGCCCUUGAAAAGGGACUAUUUGAAGCCUCGUGUCCGAAGUGCUGAGUUGCUGUUGGUCUUGAUCAAAAGAUGAAAAAGAAAAAGCCCAGCCCCCACGCUUGGCCUCAGACCCCAGCCUGUGCACUGUGUCGUGGAGGAAUUAGGGGUCACAGACACUCGGCCCAGGGCCACCGUCACCGUCACUGCCAUACAGACGCGCUCCCCGGGGACUCGGCCGGCCUGUCUCUGGAGCUCCCUACUGGCCGGGCUGUCCUUGGAAGCAGGGCCCUGUUAGUAAAAGGCUUUUCCCGUUUAACAGUACUCCCCUCUCAAGUCCUGAAGCUGUGGAAGUGGCACAAGUGUCAUCCCCCACUCCUGUGGCUUUGUGGCCACUCUGACUUUCAGUUGAUCUUUUGCACAAAAGACCGAGGUGGGCCGACUCCCCUGGGCCACAGAAGCGGCGAGUGCCGAAGGCUGCUCUUGGGUUUGUGCUGCGGGGUCAGGGCUGGGCCCAGAGCAGGCUGUGAAGGUGCCCUGGACGUGGUUUGGGGUCCUGUACGGGGACGGACAUGGGUAUCCACACACUAGGCUUAUGGUGGAUGGAGCGUCACAGGCCAUGCGGCUUCAGCGGCAGACUCAGGGCUCACAGCUCCGGGGCCCGCAGGGCUGGUUUCCUCCGAGGCCCCUCACUGGCCAGCUUCUCCCUCGGGUUUGUGCCGUCUUUGCUCUGUGCAUCUGUGUCCUCAGCGCCUGUUCUUACAAGCAGACCGGUCCACCUGCAGUAAGAGCCACGUAUAGGUGCAGAGGCCACACCUCACACCUGAUGCACUCGCCGUCCUGUCCCCAGUGAGGUGGCAUCUCUCUCCAGAGUGUCCUGCAGAAGGCAACAUUGUCACCAGAGCGUGGCCCAUCUACCCCCAGUUCACCUGGGCUCUGCAGAGGAAGGGGGUUCACCGACUGCCUCUCUUGGGGGGCUCCUGUUCUCAAGUGGCCUGCCCUGUGGCCUGUCCCCGCUGCAUUCCCUCCCGCUCCCACUGGCCCCAGGGAGCCUCGCAUGGCGCACUCUGAGCAUGCACAGCAGACCAGAGGGGCCUUCCCGGUUCUCAGAUCUCCGCCUUCCCGCAGUAGAUCAGAGCUUUGGGAUAAGUUGUUUGGAUUAAAUUGAAUGCCAGCGCGAAGUUUGGAGGAACGAUUUAAUAUUCUCCCUGUUUGCGCGUUGCUAGGCUGGGGAUGGGAUCCGCAUAGCCGUUUUGAUGGAGGUGGUUUCCCAGCAGGGGCAAGAAAUAAUUAAAACAGCAUUACGGUGUCUCCCGCGGGAUGCGGUGACAUUAAAGAGCCACAGUGACAAAACAUCCAAGGCGAGAACGUUCCGUGCUGCCUUGGUUACGUAGGGAACCCCAGCAGCCGGUGCCGGCAGAGCUGGGCUUGGCGUGCGUGGUCACAGGCACACUCGCGGCUGGGGACCAUGCCUGGGAGUGAUGGGGGCUGUGGGGAGCAGAGGAGGGAGAUCAGGAUUUCCAACUGAGGUGAGCAAAAACUGGGGAGUCCGGACAGCCCCAGUGCCAAGGCCUGAACAGAGGCUCUGAGCUCAGGUUCCCUGUGCCAGGGCUGAGUCUCCCUGAUUUCCUCCUGGCUUGGGGGAAAAGUCACCUGGGCGAGGGUGGUAUGGAAGGAGAUGCCCUGUCCUCUGUGGCCUGCCCAUGCCAGGGCAUCUUGGGGGUCACUUGCGCCCCAGAAGCCCCUUAUUUCCCUU